AUGAGUUACAGAGUCGCUAAAGCAUCGCAGUAUCUGGCGAUUACCGGUGGUGGAAUCAAAGACAUCAAGCUCGCGAAGAAGUCUUGGGUGUUUCCAUGGCAGUCUUGCACCGUCUUCGAUGUUUCUCCUGUGAACUACACGUUCGAGGUCCAAGCCAUGAGUUCCGAGAAACUCCCCUUUGUGAUUCCGGCGGUUUUCACCAUCGGUCCACGCGUCGAUGACCCUCACUCUCUGUUAUUGUACGCGAUGCUCAUGUCUCAACACGAUAAACACUCGAAUCAUGUCAAUGAGCUUGUUCAAGGUGUUAUCGAAGGAGAGACUCGCGUUCUCGUUGCCUCCAUGACCAUGGAAGAGGUCUUCAAAGGAACAAAGGAGUUUAAGAAGGAGGUGUUUGACAAAGUGCAGCUUGAGCUAAACCAAUUUGGUCUUGUGAUCUAUAACGCUAAUGUCAAGCAGCUCGUUGAUGUGCCUGGACAUGAGUACUUUUCUUACUUGGGUCAGAAAACUCAGAUGGAAGCAGCUAACCAAGCCAAGAUCGAUGUAGCAGAAGCAAAGAUGAAGGGAGAGGUUGGUGCUAAAGAACGGACUGGACUCACGAUCCAGAACGCAGCUAAGAUUGACGCCGAGUCGAAGAUCAUAUCUACUCAGCGGCUUGGAGAAGGAACCAAAGAAGAGAUUAAGGUGAAGACUGAGAUUCAAGUGUUUAAGAAUCAGAAGGAGGCUCUUGUUGCUGAAGCUGAUGCAGCAUUGGCGAUUCAGAAAGCUGCUUUGACUAAAGAUUCUCGUGUUGCUGAAGUUGAAGCAACUAAAGCAGUUGCUUUGAGAGAAGCUGAGCUUCAGACGAAAGUCGAGAAAAUGAAUGCAUUGACUCAAACAGAGAAGCUUAAAGCUGAGUUCCUCAGUAAAGCCAGCGUUCAGUAUGAAACCAAGGUGCAAGAAGCGAACUGGGAGUUGUACAAUAAGCAAAAGCAAGCAGAAGCUGUUCUUUACGAGAAGCAGAAGCAAGCGGAGGCGAUGAGAGCUGCAGCUGAUGCCGCGUUCUAUUCGAAACAGAGAGAUGCAGAGGGACUUGUUGCUAUGGCUACUGCUCAAGGGACUUAUCUCAAGACUCUACUUGGCGCGGUUAACAAUGAUUACUCAGCCAUGAGAGACUUCUUGAUGAUCAACAAUGGAGUUUAUCAAGAUAUCGCCAAGACCAAUGCGGUUGCGAUCAGGGACUUGCAGCCUAAGAUCAGUGUCUGGAACCAUGGUGGUUCCGAUCAAGGGAUGAAUGGUGCUGGUAAUGGUGGUAUGAAGGAUAUUGCUGGACUUUACAAGAUGUUGCCACCGGUUCUUGAUACGGUUUACGAGCAAACCGGGAUGCAGCCACCGGCUUGGAUUGGUACACUACGUGGUGCUGAGCCUAAACAAUCACUUCAGACUCAACAACAGAGAGGUUGA